AUCAGAGGCUAAAUGUGGCACUUGGACAUGAAAUAGAGGAGAUUUUCAGAGCUAAUCCUGAGCAGAAAAAUGCCCCUGGUGAUGAUGGCAUAUCGGGAUCCAGGAUGAUGGACCAAAGCUUGUCAGUUCUAAGAGCAGCCUAUGAUAAACACUUGGAAGAAAUGAAGGAGCAGCUGCAGCUUUAUCAGGUACAAAUAAGCGAGAUAAGACUAAAAUUUGAACUAGUCACCAAGGAAAACAAAAGGCUGCAUGCAGAGUUGAAAGAGGUUCUCGAGAAGCAGCUGGAGAGUCUUCCUUUCAUGCCACUGGAAACUGAUAUUCCUGCAGAUGAAGGCAUAGUGAAAAAUCUUCAAGAACAACUACGACUGAUGAAUCAAGAAAAAGACCAAGCAAGAGAGCUCUUGCAGACUGUAUUACAGGAGUGUGAUCGACUCCGGCAGCAGUACCAGGAAUGCAUGACUGCAACGCAGAUUCACAUGGCUGAAAAUCAAAAGCAGAAAGAUCAACUGACUGGCUUUCAACAGUUGACUCAGCAACUGCAUGUAGCUAAUGAGAAAACAGAGUUGAGCAAUCAGCAGUUUCUGAAAACUUUAAAAGAAUGGCACGUGGAACAAGACCAGCUACAAAAAAAGCUGAGGCAAGCCAAAAUAGAUGAGCGGACAGCAAAUGCUAAGGUUGAUGAAAUGAUGAGACUGACAGAGAAGCUUCAAGGCCAAUUGGAAAGAAAGGAAGAGGACGUGAUAUCUGCCCAGCAAAGAGAAGCAGCAUCUGACAAACGUUUGCAAGAAAUGCAGUCUAGUAUAAAACAAUUAGAAACAAGGUUACGUGUUACUGUUCAAGAGGCUGAACAGCUGAGAACAGAAAGAACAGCCCUGGAUAAACAAAUCAGAGAGCUUCAGACAAAGUGUGCUAAUCUAGAAAGGGAGAAGUAUGAUGCUGUUGCAAAAGUCCAAGAUUGCAUACAGCUCGUGGAAGAAUCUAAUCUACAGAAAAGUCAGGCACUCCUUGGGGAGAAACAAAAGGAGGAGGAAAUCCAAAAAAUGAAAGCUGAAAUGUCUCAACUUGUGGAAGAUACUGCUGCAAGAAUUAGAAAGGCAGUAGACUCUGCAAAAGAGCAGUAUAAUGUGCAGAUCUCACUACUCACAGAAGAACUUUCAGCUCUUCAGAUGGAAUGUGGAGAAAAACAGGAUCAAAUUGAACGAGCUAUUAGAGAAAAGAGAGCAGUGGAAGAAGAACUUGAAAAGAUUUACAAGGAAGACAGAGGACAUGAAUAUGACAGUAGAAAACUAGAGCAACUGCAUCAGAAAUACUUACUUGCAGAAACUACAAAAGGUGACCUUCAGCUAAGUCUACAGAAAGCACAAAAUAAACUGAAACAACUGGAAACUAACUCUGAGGAAGAGAAAUCUCGUUGCCAGGAAGUUAUCUGUAAAUUGCAAAGCAUUCUGGACUCGGAAAGAGAAGAGAGUGCCUUUGUCAGUGAGCAAAGGCUAAAACUUCAGCAAGAGAAUGAACAACUGCAAAAAGAAAUGGAGGGCUUGAGAAAACUGGCCACAGAGGCUCAACUAAAAGCUAAAAUAAAGAUCAGCACAAUGGAGCAUGAGCAUGCUGUGAAAGAACAUGGAUAUGAAGCUCGACUUAAGGAGAUGGAAGACACCAGUCAAAAGUCUAUUGCUGAGCUUAGACGUCUGUUAGUAGCUCAGCAAAAAGCAACAAAACGGUGGAAGGAAGAAACAAAAAAACUUACUGAAAAUACAGAAGCCAGAAUCAGUAAGCUAAAAAGUGCGCUGAGUCAAGAAAAACUUCAUAGCCAGGAGCUUGUUUCUCAGCUGGAAAUGGCAAAUGAAAAGGUAACUGUGGAUAAAAAAUUAAUGAUGGAAUAUCAAGAAUACAUCAAUAGGCUUCAAAGGCGACUAAGCCAUGCAGAACAGAGGGCAGCUACAGCGUCUCAAAAGCUCAGCCUCAUAACUACACAGAAGAAAAAAGCUGCUUCCCUGAAAGAUCUGGAAAAUAUUUAA